UGCUUAACGAAAAAAGUGACUGUGAAUUCCAAUGAAAAUCAAAACGAAAAUACAUACAUACAUACAUAAGUAUAUGCGCGCUUGAUGUAUGCACAUAAUUAUAAGAUCACAAUUGUUUGCCUCAAAGUACGCCAUCGGAAAUUUUAUAACUUCGCAAUGAAGUAUCCAAAAAAUAUAUACAUACCAGUGGCUACAUUGUCAUAAAUAUAUGGCAAAAACAAUAACAAAGGAGCAAGGGGCAGCACACGGCGAUAACUCGCUUAUCAAAUGCAAACAAACACGAAAUGGCAGAGAUAACACUUUUAUCUGAGUAUUUUCCAACAAACUUUUAUCUGCUAAUAUACGAUCGCCGUAUCGGUUCGAAGUGUUGAAACCACGAAGAGCAGUAAUUGUUAAAAGUUGUGCGGUAAAAAUACAUAUAUGGGCGACGGCAAAGAAGCUCGAAAAAACAACUGAAAAAUAAAAUCGACCAAUUCUUAUAUUCGUUUUGACUACUUACGCAAAUAUAAACCUGCAGGCAUAAAGAAAACGUGGUGUUGUUGUGAGUCAAUGAAAGUGAUUUUUGUGAAUUUUAUAAAUGCCAAUUUAUUAAGAAAUUUGUGAUAUUUAUGAUAAAAUGUAUUGAAGGCAAAAUUAUUUAUUUGGAUUAAAAACUAUCGAACUUAAUUGUAACAACUCUAAAAAUGGAUUACAAGAAUCUGCUCCUGCUACUUUCAUUUUCCUGUAUCUUAGUGCUCUCAGCAGCCCAGCAUGAAAAUAUACCCUACCAGGACGUGUCAGAUAUUUGUGGGACGUGUGUAUGUUUGACAGCGCAUGAUAACGAUAAACGCUACCACCAUUUGUUAAGCUGCACUACCAAGAAAUUUAAACACAUUUUAGCACGCUGGCCAGAGGAGUUUGGCAAAUCUCAUGACAGUGUUGACAUUGUGGCCACAUUCUCGGGCAAUAGUAUCGAGUUGUUGCAGCAGUUGCCGGCCACGAAUGCUACGCUCACUUUUUCGUGUCGCCAUUGUGGCAUCAAGUACCUGCAAGCGCCCACCUUUAUGGAUGUGCCGUACAUACGCAGGCUGGAUUUGAGUUGGAAUGAAAUUACAAGCGAUGAACUGACGCCCGAUGUAUUUCGUGGCCCAUAUCGAGUGACCGAUUAUGAGCCCAUAGCAUUGACGGAUUUGGAUUUGAGCCAUAAUAGGCUACAUGCGCUAGAUCGAAACCUUUUCGAACAUACGCCAAAUUUGACGAAAUUGAAUUUGAGUUACAAUGAGUUGAAGGUCUUGAAUAUGCCCACUGUUUUGGCGUUGGCAUCAGCCACUGAAUUACAGGAACUGGAUUUGUCUCACACUGCUAUUAAGACGCUAACAAUGUCCGUCUUUAAAACGUUGGUGAAUCUGCGUAUUUUGAAUUUGUCUGGCAAUGACUUGACUAGAGUGCCGGAUAAGCUGCAGCUGAUCGGUGGAAGUCUCAUAUCACUGAAUUUGGCAGAAAAUCCCAUUGAACGCUUUACGGAAGAGAGUUUUGUUGGAUUGAAGUCAUUGCAGCGCCUCAAUAUAAGUUAUAUGCCCAUGUUGAAGACGGUCGGCAAAAAUGCGUUCUCAAGCUUGGAAACGCUCAGGCGGCUGUAUUGUGCACACAAUCCGAGAUUACAGGAAUUUGAUGUUGAAAGUCUGACGCAUAGCUGCAAUCUGACAAAUCUGGACAUUUCGCAUUGUGCUUUAACGUCGAUUUCUCUAAUUGUGAAUGUGGGCAACGACUCCUCUGCGGCUCUCACCGCUCUUGCCAAACCUUGGCCUCAUUUGCAUACAUUCAAAACCGUUGGUAAUCCUUGGUUUUGUGAUUGCGCUCUCAUUCAGACUAUGGAAUACAUUGGCGGACAACCGGAGAGCAGGCAAGACAUGCAGGCGCGUUGUGACGCACCUUACUUUCUCGCAGGUGUUCUGCUAUCCAAUUUGACUUCGCCGUACAUAUGCAACUUGAAAAUACCCAAAAAGUACAAAGCCAUCGUUGAGGAGCCACCACGUUUUCUCAGAAAACGCUACAUCGUAUUGACCGUCAUCACUGCGGCUGUGGUCGUAUCGGUCGGUGUGCUACUCGGUUUCGUGAUUGCUGCUAUACGUCGACGAUUGAAGCGCGAUGACUUCGGCGUUGAACCGAUACGCUACACGAGUGUGCGCAGUAGCAACUUAUCGGCAUUCUCGCACGGCAACACCAAUUCGAUUCUGGUGAAUGGCAAUGGUGCGGCCACUAGCAGUGCAUAAUCAUUGGCAUAGAUUUAGUUUAAGUGUGUAAAUACUUGUAAUUUGUGUAUGUAUUUACUUUCCUACUACUUAUAUAUAGGCAUUUAAGUAUGUGUUUGCUAAAUAUUUUUUAGAAGUGGCUUUUUUGACAUUAUUUAUACAUAAAUUGUACAUGAAAAUGUAUCUCAGUUCGAAGGAUGUAAUUUUUUGUUGUAUAUUUUUUUGAAAAUUCGGGCAUUAAUGCCUAUUGGGCGCCCACUUUCUGCUGCUCCUAAGGGGAGUGGGCAUAUUUUUUACCAAAGAUGUAAUAUUUAGUUAUGAUUGUACAGUAUUUAACAGACGCAACACGAAAUAUUUAAAGGAUUUUGAAAAUAAUUAUUUAUUAUCAUUUUUUUAUAUACUUAUGACGCAUCGAUGCACAAGAAAAGAAUUGCCAUUUUUUAUACAAUGUAGUGGUAAACAUAUGUAUAUGUUUGUCUGUGUA